AUGGACUCUAUUCAAGAAUCAGAUGUACUAAAUGCAGUGAAAACAAAACUACCGCCGUGUUGUUUGAGAAUAUUCAGGAAUAAGAUCAUCCUUGUUGGGACGUAUGAUUUAGAUAAGUCAACUGGAUACAGGUCAGGCUCACUGGAUGUCUUCACAAUGGACCUCAAACUUUUAUGUUCGAAUAAUACGUAUGGCGCAAUCCUAGAUUUGAAGUUAUCCCCCUUUGAUGAUACAUUGAUAUGCACGGCCCAUUCGACAGGUAAUAUCAUGCUAUGGAGGAUACGGUGCACAGAUAAGGAUGAUUUCCAAUCAAACGAACUAGAUAUUCAUGCAAUUGCAAAUCUACAACUCUUUGAAAAAGAUGUUCUCAUUGCCUCGUGCCAUUUUUCCCCACUUGAUUGUAAGAAAUUACUUGUAACAAAUACGGCAGGCGAAGCAGCUACCAUUGAUAUAAGAACACUAUCUGUACAGUUCACGGCAUCAGCAAUCGCGCAGGCUUACUCAAAACUAGAUAAAAUAGAUUACGAAGUUCAAGGUGCAACCGAAAAAGUCAUUCAUGUUGAAUCGGGACAAUUUUUGAAACCCCAUGAACUCGAGUGUUGGACUGCGGAAUUUGGAUCUCUACAGCCUUUUCAAGACGUUGUAUUUACAGGAGGUGAUGAUUCGAGAAUUAUGGCCCACGACUUACGUUCCAAAGAAUUCAUUUGGAGUAAUAAUCGUAUUCAUGAUGCUGGUGUUGUUAGCAUUAAGUGUAGUCAACCUAACUUUCGAAAUAAUAAACCCACGUCCAUAAUAACUGGAUCCUAUGAUGAUAACAUUCGUUCUCUGGAUUUAAGGAUGAUGGGUGAGUCCAUAUUUCCUGGUGCAAAUGUCCCCACAGUUAAUAAAUUGGCGUGUGAUCUUGGUGGCGGUGUUUGGAGAUUUGUUGAAUCCCCCAUUGAUCAGGAACAAUCUCACCACAACGGCUCCGAUCGGCUUUUAGUUUGUUGCAUGUACAAUGGUGCCAAGGUGGUGACCAUGAAUGAUAAUUCCGAUGAGUAUUUUCAAAUUCAACAUUAUCUGAAGAAGGGCCAUGAUUCGAUGUGUUACGGUGGCGACUGGUCAAAUUCUUUGAUCGCAACAUGCUCAUUUUAUGAUAAUUCCUUGCAAACAUGGAUAGUUUAG